AUGUCAAAGGUCGGUGAAGCUAACAUUUGUCCUUUCAUUCGUGCGGACACAGACGUGACGGGCCCCAGCAACGAAUAUGAGGCUACGACGGCAAUCCUGUCCAUCUACGAUGCAUUCGGUUACUUCCCCCAGACUCAACAAGGCGCGGACAUGGUUUCAGCGGCGCUCUCCUCAGCCGUCGAGCCCACCGUGGUGAUCAUGCCGGAUUUCUUCCACGGCAAUGCCGUCCCCAUCGAGUGGUACCCGCCGGACACGGACGAGAAGCGCGCGGGCGUCGCGGAAUGGUUCAAGACGGCGCUUCCGCCUCUCCACGUUCCAAAGGUGCCGGGCAUCAUCGCCACUGCCGAACAGGUGUUCCCGCGCAUUCGAACCUGGGGCGUCCUCGGAUACUGCUGGGGUGGGAAGAUGGCGUCUCUGCUUUCUGCGCGGCAGCAAAAACAGCAGCAGCGGGAGACGUUCAAAGCUGCUGUACAGCUCCAUCCAGGCCUCAUUGACCCCAGCGAGGCCGCGGAGAUCGUGAUCCCGACGUGCAUGCUGGCGUCGAUGGACGAAGAUGUCAUUGAAGUCAGGAACUAUGAUGCCUCGCUCACGAAGCCGAAGGUCAAGCAUAUCGAGACCUUUACCGACCAGGUCCAUGGCUGGUUGAGUGCGAGGGCCGACUUGAAGAAUCAGAGGGUCCGCGCCGAGUAUGAGCGUGGUUACCAGAUCGUCGUCAAGUUCUUCGCGGAAAAUUUGUGGGGAGAUCGGUAG